AAUCCCUCAAAAUUCUUUCAACUUUCAAGAGAGAUCCAUCUUGAAAAAAGAAAACAAAAAACAAAAACCCUAAUGGCUUCCAAAGCUACAGCCUCACUUGCGUUCCUCCUCUGUCUCAAUCUCCUGUUCUUCACCUUUGUCUCAGCAUGUGACAAUUGCUAUGUCCCUGCCCCAACCAAGCCCAAGCCCAAGCCAUGCCCUCCUACUAAACCAAACCAUCCAUCUAAGUACGGAAAGUGUCCUAAGGAUGCCCUUAAAAUCGGUGUCUGUGCCAAGCUUCUCGGUGGCCUCGUCGACAUUACCAUCGGCAAGCCCCCAGUGACCCCAUGCUGCACCUUGGUUAAAGGUCUCGCCGAUCUUGAAGCUGCCGCCUGCCUUUGCACUGCCAUCAAAGCUAGUGUUUUGGGGAACAAGAUUAAAAUCCCAGUCCACCUCAGCUUGCUCCUUAACGUUUGCAACAAGAAACUUCCCAAUGGAUUCCAAUGCUGAUUUUAGAGUUUUUUCUGUUCUUGAUAAUUCUUUGAGUGUAUUUUGAUGUUUGUGGUUCUAGAGUUGUCUAAGUAUUAUAAUUUAUUGCAAAGGGUUCUAAGUUGUUUAAUUUUCUUCAUUGGAGCUAUUUCCUUUUGGAGUUGAAAUGUUUCAAUAAAAGUCUGCCAUAUUGGUGAAUUUAUAAUUUAU